AUGAAAUCAAAGGAUAGCAAAAUCCAGUCUUUGCAGCAAGAGCUGGAUCUUAUAAAAGAGGAAUUAACUCAAAGCUUAUCUCUGUUACUUAGUAGUGGGCUUUUAUGUAAAGAAGAGGAGGCACAGACUUCAGAUUCUGAACUGCGUCUAACUGAUAGUAAAACUCAGUUGGAAAAGUUGUCCUCUCUGAUAACCACUCUUUUGAGCAAAGAAACAGAAAGAGAACAGUUGCAGCUGGUGCUUUUAGAAAAACAGAAAGAAAUAGACAUCAUGAAAGAUGAAUUAAAAACCAUGCAGUCACUUGAGAAGCAGAAGGAACUGCUGCAUAGUGAUAUUGAAAAGAUGAAGAGCAAAUACAGAUCUGAAAUUGAAUGUCUGUCAGAAGAAAUGGUCACAGUCAAGGAAACAUUAUAUAAACAACAGUCACUUUUGCAAGAAAGGGAAGAAUCCUUUGCAGAAAUAAAUAAGCAGGUUGAAUUUCUUCAAGACAAGAUAAAUAAGUCAGAAGAAAUAGUAAGAACCAGUCAAGAAAAACUCCAACUUGAAGGUAAAAAAGUAGCAGGUCUCCUUGAAGAAAUGGGGAAUAAAGAUCAGCUCAUUGAAAACUUAACUUCCCAGGUAAAUCAGCAGAAAAAUUUAAUAUCUGGUCUAAGCCAGCAACUGAAAGAAAAGGACUGUUCUGUUACCCAGAUCAUGGAAUCAUUGUCUAAUGAAAUGCUGAAUUUUUCUGAAGAGAGAAAUACAUUAAAUAACAAACUGCAAGACCUUGAAGCUGUUCAUAAUAGCUCUUUAGGAGAGCUAAACCGAGUAUUGCAGGAACUUGAGGAUUGUAAGAAAGAACUGGAAGACAGUCAGGUUACCUUAAGCAGUAGAGAAGCUGUGGUGAAAGAUCUAAUGAAUGAAAAAGAGGAGAUGCAGUUUAAUCUUGAGAAAAUGGGCAAGGAAAAAGACAAUCUGAAAAAGAAACUUCAAGCAGCGUUGAUAGUAAGGAGAGAUCUAUUGCAAAAAGUUGGAAAACUAGAAAAGAGUGGACAGGAAGAAAUAGAUAAAGAGAAAAAAAAAGCAGAGGAGUUGUUGAAGGAAGUUAAUGAGUUAACAGAAAAGCUGAAAGUAGUUGAAGUACAAAAUAAAGAUUUUGAGUCUCAUCUUGGAACUCUGAAGAAACAACUUUUAGAAAAAGAUGCCAAAAUAAGUGAUUUGACUGAAAUUUUAUCUGCAAAAGCUUCUUACUUAGAGGAACUUCAGAACAAUAUUGCAGAACUGAAUGAAGUCGUUGCUGAAAAACAAAAUCUAUGUGAGCAGAACCUAAAAUCUUUGGAGGAAAAGGACAGCAUGCUUGCUCGUAUGCAAUCUAUGCUGCAUGAAAAAGCAAGUGCAUACGAAGAGGAACGUUCUCAGCUGCUGUUAGCUCUUGAAAAGGUCAAGUCUGAAGUUAAUAACAAGGCAGAACUGUUGAAAAAUUGCAGUUCAGAAGAGUCUGGUGUAAGUCCUGAGGACAGGAGGACGUGUCUGGACCAGAGCAAUGACAUUAAUGUUAUCAAUCAAUUAAAAAAAGAAAAAGAAGCCUUGGAGAGGGAGCUUCUGGUCAGGAAAGAAGAUAUUAAAAAUUUUCAGAAAGAAAGGGAAGACCACACUAAACUUGCAGAGGAUUUUGAUGAACGAAAAAACCUCCUUGAGAAUCUCAAACAAGAACAUAAAGCACUCUGGGAAGUCCUUCAAACAAAAUGUAAAGAACACGAUUUUGACCAGGAGCAGUACCAGGAGCAAUAUAAGGGCAGCUUGUUGGAGGGUAUAAAGCAGCUACAGAAGAAAUUGAAGACAUAUGAAGCGGAAGCUGUAGACAUUAAGAUGGCCCUUGAACAUGUGACUAGUGAGAAAGAAGCGCUUACUAAAAAAAGUGAAGAGAAUUACAAAGUGAGCCAGGAGGAACUGCAGAAGUUGAGAAUAGAAGCCAAGAAGGAAGUUGCAGAAAAGAUGGAGGAGAUAGAAGCAUUCCAUUGUUCACUUAUGGAUUUCAAAGAUAAACUUGAUCUGGAAAAAGAAUUAUUAAAUGAAGCUAUAAAGAAAGGAGAAGAAGAAGCCCACCAUUACAAAACAGCAUUUGAAGAGAUGAAGAAUGAAAAAGAGAAACUUAUCAGUUGUUUAGAAAAGUCCAAUUUAGAACUAAUGAAUAUGAAAAUGGAGGCAAAACAUUUCAGUGAAGAAAACAGCAAACUGCUGAUGGAGGUGUGUAUGCUACGUGAGAAGGCUGGGAUGAGUAGACCUGUAGGGUCAUGCAAAGAGCUUAAGGAAGGAAAUGAUGCUGAAAAAGAAGUGGGAGAGUUUUGUUUGGAAAGUAAUUCUCUUCAAGGAAAGCUGCAAGGUAAAGGCACCCGUCCUCAGCUGUCGGAGACUGAUCACUCUGGGAAAACUGAACUGAGAGAAGGAACAGAAUGUCAAAUCCAGAACCAAAUGCAAAUGACUGAAGAGCUACUGGCAAAAGCUGCAAAUGUCAAUGUUUCUAAACCACAAGAGCAAAGAACUGCACCAGAGGACAAGUCCAGAGAGCGCCUUCAAAGAAAGUUACAGGCGGCUUUAAUAUCACGUAAAGAAGCCCUGAGGGAAAAUAAAUGUCUGAAAGACCAGAUUGAUAAGCUGGUGUUGGAAAGAGAGGAACUGGUGAACAAGACAGGGAUGCUGGAACGCUUGUUAGAGCUUGGUAGAGAAAACCAAAGCUCAGGUACUGUUUCUGCUUUGCCUGAAGAGGAGAGUCUUGUUUCUGAAAAUGCUAGACUGUUGACUGAAAACGAGAACCUCACUGCGGCGUGUGAAAGUCUCAAAUCCACCAUGGAGACUAUAGUUCAGGAAAAAGAGGCCUUUUCUUUCCAACUAAAUACCUUAAAAGAUUCUCAGACAGUUGAAUUAACAGGAUGGAAGGCUAAACAUAGUGAAUUAAAGCAGGAGUAUGAAUCACUUCUUCAGGCAUAUGAGAAUAUCAGUAGUAAAGUAGCAGAUAUGAGGCAAGUUAUUGAUCUCAGUAGAAAAGAGAAGCAAGAGGCUAUUCAAAGACUCAGGGAAGGAGAAUCUGAGAAAGAGGCUCUUGAAAAGCAUUUACAAAAACUCACUGAUGAAAAUGGGGCUAUUAAGAAUCAGCUGAAACAACUCAGCGAAUCCAAGAAAAUGGAAGUUGAGGAAUUACAAAGUAAAGCAGAGAGGCAGAUACGUGAGCAAGAGGCAAGGAUGCAAGAACACCAGGAUCGUCUUCAUGAACUCACUGAACAGAAUCAUCAGCUUAUGGAGGAAAAUGAGCAGCUGAAACUAAUUUCUGAAAAUUUAAAGCAGGCUUUAGAGAAAAUUCAGGAUGAAAAUGAGAUCCUUCAUAAUGACAUCACAGUAACUAAAGCAGCUUUGGGAGAGCUCCAGGUUCAAAUGGAAGUGUACCAAAAUGAUACACAAUGUAAAAUCAGGGAUGCGUUGUAUGAGAAUGAAUCUUUGUUAAAGGACUUUAAUGUGCUAAAGGAUAAACUCUCUGAAAAAGAGCAAGAUGUACUUGUCCUAGAACAAGAAAUGAAAUUGAUUUCAGAAAAAGCUAAAGAAACGGAAAAAUCUUUGGACCAUAAAAGUCAUUGUCUAACAAAGCUGGACAUGGAAUGCAAAAGUCUGACACAAGAAAUUGUUAGUCUAAAUGAAAAAGUUAAGAUUUUAGAGGAUGAUAAAUGUCUGUUACAGGAAGAAUUAGAAAAUGUACAAGAAAGUUCUUACAAAGUAAAGAAUGAGAGAGAGUUUCUUGAGACAGAAUUGCUUAAUCAUGUUAAAAAAGUUGAUCAUCUCACUGAUAGGAUGAAAUCAGCACAGGUACAGAAUAACUUGCUGUUACAGCAAUUGGAAGACUUAAAGGCAGAAAAAUGUAAUGUGAUUAGAGAAAAAGAGGAACAGCAGUUACAUCUUGUAAAAAUGUUUGAGGAGAAGGUGAAAAGUGCUCAAAGGGAUAAUAAUGGAAGUAAAAACAAAACGAAAGAGUUGCAAGAACUCUUAAAGGAGAAACAGCAGGAGAUCAACCAUUUGCAAAAAGAUUCUAUAAGGUUCCAGGAGCUGAUCCUGGAUUUGGAAAGAUCUGUGAAACUAUCACAAUCAAAAAGUGAAAAAUUUGAAAAAGACUUAAGUAAUAUGUCAGAAAAGCUUGCAAAGUCAAAUGAAGAAAUAUAUCAGCUGAAGGGAAAGCUUUCUUCACAGCUGAAUUUGUUAGAUCAGUCAAAGAAUGAAGUGGACAGGCUUACAGAUGAGAAUCUAACCUGGAGAAAAGAACUUAAGAAGAAAGAUGAUGAACUACAAAUUCAAAAGAGGGAAUAUGAGAAAGAAUUGGAGCUUAAUCUUCAGCAGUUAAAAUUGGUUCACCAAAGAGAGUUUUUGAACCUGGAGGAAAGACACGGUGCCCUUGAGAGAGAAAAAGAUAGGGCAGUUAGUGAGAUUCGUGGUCUGCAGCAGGAAAUCAGCACUAAGGACUCCCAAAACCAGAAGCUGCAAGCAGAUCUGAAUGCAGCUUUGGCACGGUUAGCUGCUUUCACAAAGUGUAUGUCCUCUCUGCAGGACGACCGAGACAGAGUGAUCACUGAGAUGAAAACCUGGGAAAUGCAGUUCAAAGAGGCCAUCCAAAAUAAACAGAAACAGAUAGAAGACAGUAAUAAAAGAAUAACGUCUUUACAAGAUGAAUUGAAAGCCAAAAUCGCUCAGAUUCAAGAACUGAAUAUCAAAUAUUCAGUGGUAGAGGAAACAAAGGAUGAACUGCAGCAAGAAUUGGAAGGUCUUCUUCAGUCCAAAGAAGAAACUUUGCAAGCACUCCUUAAAGAAAAUAAUUCUCUUAAUCAUCUUAUAGAGAGUAGUAAAAGCACAGGAAGAGAGAUAAAAGCUCUAGAAAGUAAUUUUACCAGGCAGGAACAAGAAUUGCAACAGCUUGUAGCUGAGAAGGAAAAAAUGAAUGCUGAAUUGCAAAAGCAGAUCACUAUUUCUGAGCAAAUGAAGAUCAUGCUAAAUAAUAAAGACAAAGAAAUUUCCUUACUCAUUUCUUCAAAAGGCGAUGACAUUUCUGACUAUCUGAUUCAGGUACAGACUCAACAUAGAAAACAAAUCCAAGAGUGUGAACUUCAGUUAAGGUCUUUGCAGAUGGAGAGACAACAAUCCGAGGAGUCCCGUCAGAGGAUGGAAACUGAAUUGAGAAAUCUCCAGAUGAAAGCAGACAGAGCAGGUCAAGAUAAGGAUGCAAUUGCUAGUGAACUAGAAGCCUUUAAAAAAUCCAUGUCAUCUCUUCAGAAUGAUCGAGAUGAGCUUUUUUCUAAAUACAGAGAGCUAGAACAUCUUUACCAAGAUGUCUUAAACCAGCGGGACGGUCUUAUUGUUGGCCAUGCAAGUGAGAAUAAUGCUUUGAAACAAGAGUUAAGGAUACUUCUCAAUCAGAUAGAUGAUCUUCAUUCUGAAAACGCAAUGCUAAGUGCACAGCUGAUAAAGUAUAGGGAAGAUCUUAAUCAAGUUUUAUCUCUGAAAGACCAUCAGCUGAAAGACUUACUUAAGCAGAAAUUGGAUUGUAUUAAAAGCCUUGAACAAGAAAAAUAUGAUCUACAAAAGCAAGUAAAAGAAAUGCAACUUUCCAAUGAGCUGCAGAAGGAUACUGCUGUGGCUUUGGAACACGAAAAUAAAAAACUAGUGUCUAAAGUAAGUGAUUUAGAAUCUUUAAUUGCAUCACUAAACAAAGAGAAGCUUGUUUCUGAGUCUGGAGAGAAACUGCUAACGAGUGAUAGUGUUCAGAAAAAAGAAUGUGUAUCAAAUGGACAGUAUGGAGCAACUCCUCAGAAGACUGUUCAAGAACUGCAGAAACGGAGAGGCAGAAACGCUAAGGAUGCAGAGGAGGACUACAGUAAGACUCCUUUGACACUUGAACAUGGAGCCGAGCCUGAUGCUUUUGCAAAGAAGAUGAUGCUUGAAGUUCAGUCUCAAAACCUUGAGCUGAGGUCCCAAAACGAGGCCUUUGGGAAAGCCAUGACUGCUCUGCAAAAUGACAGAGAUAGGGUAAUAGAGGACUUAAAGGUACUUCAGAGCAGAUACACCUCUGAACUCAAGACUGAAAAAAAGAAAGGAGAUGAACUUGAAGCUGAAUUGGAUGGUUUUAAAUUGCACCUUCUCAGUUUGCUCAAAGAAAAUUCUCUUCUGAAUCAGGCUGGUUUUGAUGCUGCAGAUAAGGUUACACUUGAUCAGGUGGCUGAUGAAGUUGAAAAGCUCUGUAGGAUGCUAGUCAGUCGAGAGGUGGAGGUUAGCAGGCUCUCCUCUGAGUGUGGGAGUUAUGUUCACCAGAUUGAAGCAUUUUCCAAGGCUAUGGCCAGUCUUCAGGAUGACCGAGACAAAUUGCUGCAGGAGCUCAGCAAUCAGAAGACAAUGCUUAGAGACAUCAUGGGCUUUGGAGUUUAA